GCUGAGAAAGAUCAACACAGAUCUAGAAGUACAGCAUGAAAUGCACAGGCGUGCAUAUUUUUUCAUUUUUUUUUGAACCCUCUUUUUCGCUUCAGCUGUUUGUUUGUUUGGACAUCAGUCAUCUGUGCAGCUAGACUAACACUACACGUUGACUUCCUCAUUGGAGUGUGGUGAUCUCUAAAAUGGAAAAAAGGCCAAAAGAGUUGCUCCUAGGCUUAAUAUUUCCUUAGAAACAGCGAAAACAAGCAGAACAGUUGUACAUAUGUGAUUGCCACAGUUUUCAAGUGUUAUAUUACAAGUGGAAGUGCUCUCUGCAUUAUACUCCAUGAGUGUCUGUUGACUGCUUUCUUUCUACAUCCGCUCCAGCAUAAAACAAGUUUUCAUGGACAAGAAGAGGCACCUAAAAGGCAUCUUCUUUUUCAUUGCAGCAGCAGUGAUUUUCAUCUUUUUCAAUCUCAAUUCCAAGAAAGUGGUUAGGAACAUUCCUUAUCAACCAGCAUCAGCAGAGCCACGUUGGGAGGAUCCAGGACCAUAUCAUGUGGCUUACCCACGAAACUACAAAUUCAUCAUGGAUGACACGCCUACAUGUAGGGCCACAACUCCUUUCCUUAUUCUGAUGGUUCCUGUUGCACCCGGUAAUAUGGGAACUCGGAAUGUCAUCCGGCAGACGUGGGGAAAUGAGAAGCUGGUUCUGGGUCAGCGGGUAGAGACUGUCUUCAUAGUGGGCCUCCCUGGUGGAAGUGAUGCUAAACAUCAGCAAGAGAAGCUUCAGCAGGAGAAUCAGCAAUACCAUGACCUGAUUCAGAGCAACUUUCAGGACAGCUACUAUAAUCUGACUAUCAAGACUAUGGUCAUGCUGGAGUGGCUGGCUGCACACUGUACUAAGGCUUCCUUUGUCAUGAAGAUCGACUCCGAUGUUAUACUCAAUGUCCCGAAUCUGGUGAAACUGUUGCUGGAUCCUAGCACAGCUAAACAAAACUAUAUGACUGGGCUGGUUUGGUGGCAUAGUCCUGUUUUAAGGAACCCAUUUAUAAAGUUCUACAUGCCUCGAUCUGUGAUUGCUGAAUCAGAGUACCCCCCGUAUCCGCUCGGCUUUGCCUACGUCAUGUCACUAGACCUUCCUGGGAAGAUCUUGGGAGUGUCACCUCAGAUCAAACCGAUCUACAUUGAAGAUGCUUACCUCGGCAUGUGUCUGAAACGCCUGGGCGUAUCUCCUACUGACCCUCCUGAAGAAACAAUGUUUCUUGUCAAGCCCAGCCAUUCUCUGAGCAGCUGCAGUCUUUCAAAGGCGAUUGCUUCGACAACAACAAGCAUCUUGCAGAUGAAUGGCUACUGGGAGAGGAUCAAACAGGGAGUUCAGUGCUGAACUUUUUCCAAAAAGAGUGAGAACCUGAAUCUGACCAAUGGUUAAAACAAAAAUGAAAUAUUGCAUAUUUAUUAUGUGGCAAAAUGGAGAUACUUUUGUUACAUCUUGCCAAAUCUGAUGAUUAGGCCAAGUUAACAGAAUUACUUUUCUCUAAGAAAUUUGAACAUUGCAACAUUAGUAUUAAGAGUAUGAUUAUAAAUUAGAACUUUGUGUUUGGUGAUAUUGAAAUAUUGCUGAAUUUGCAAGAGAUGAAAUGAUACUGUUCUCAACUUUUUAUUGGAAUCAGUCAGGCCUCUGUUGUCCUCAGCUCAAGUGUGAGAUGUUUCAUUUACUUUUAUGUCGUCUUGUAUUUACCUUCGCCAGCUCUUUUGUGUUUCUGUGCUUUUUACCCUCCGGCCUGUGUAAUGGUAUGGCAUGAUAUUUGCUGUAGAACUUGCAACUGAUGAGAUGAUAAGAUUCCAUCACUGUGCAGUUGCUUUAACAGUAGCUAAACAUAAUUGUUAAUGACGUGUACUGUUUUGCUAUGGUAUUUUGUUAUACUUUAGUCUACUACUUUAGUAUAUUGUUUAUUUUUUUGUUUUAAUGUGUAUAUUUACUAUAGAUUGUGUAUGUUGUUGACUCCUUGUCUUUCUUCUUUUCAUUUGUUUGCUUGUUUUUUUUUCAUUUGUUUGUUUGCAUUGUAAACCAGCUUAGGAUAUAAAAGCUGUGGUGUGUUUCUUAGAGACAAGUUUUUUACAUGAACUAUGUCAAAUUAAACUGAUCUAAACUAAACUAUGGUGCAUGUAUGAUCCUGAUGUGAUGCAAUAUACGAAAUGUACCAUGACUGUAAAGAAAAAAAAAUUGGCCAGUACUGUGAAUUCUACAGUUAUAGUUUGUCAUAGUUCCACAAGAUGGAGACUUUGAUUCGAUAAAAUUUAAGCCACAAGUAUGUUGAGCCCGUUCUCACUCCCGAGGCGUAACAUCCCGACGUUUUGUCACGUCCUGCGGCGUUCCUGAGGAACGCGAAAGGUGACCUUCCACGUUGUUAUGGUACGCGGCGGUUUCCAGCCCUGUACUGCAGCCCUAAACUUAACCUUAUCACUAAGCCUAACCAUAACCUUAUGCCUAACCAUAACCUUAUGCCUAACCUUAACCAUAACCUUAUGCCUAACCAUAACCUUAUUC